AUGAACUCGACCGCCAAGUUUGUGACCUCUCAAGUGAGAGGACAGGGGGGUGUCGGUUAUGGAAUCAAAGGGAGGGAGGUGUUCUUCUUGAACCUGGAGGAUGGAUUCUUCGGGUGCCAAGUGAACGAGUCCACGCAGGUCCUCCAGCUCUUCGAGCUAUCAAAACUCUGCGAUGGCAAACGGGACUGCUUUCGCGGCACCGACGAACUCGCCAAAGAGCUUAAAUGCACAAAAAAUUGUGACCAAGUGAAUGGACAUUUGUGCCAAAACGGUGCAUGUCUAGAUUCUCAGUGCCAUUGUAACGAUGGAUUUGGUGGUUGUGACUGCCAAGUGCCAGACGAAAACGAAUGUAAAUAUAGGCCAUGCGACGUCUUCGCCCAUUGUACCAACACACUCGGCAGUUUUCACUGCUCGUGCUUUCCCGGCUACACCGGAAACGGAUUUUACUGCCAAGAUAUUGAUGAAUGCGCAAAUCCUGCGAUAGCAUCACGGUGUGUGGCAAAUGCGGAAUGCUGCAAUUUACCGGCACAUUUUUUGUGCAAAUGCAGACCGGGGUUCGAAGGUGACGGUGAAGUUGAAUGCAGAGAUAUUGAUGAAUGCCUUCAACCUAACGCUUGCGGUAUAAAUACCGUGUGUACUAACACCCCAGGAAACUAUACCUGUGACUGUCAAACUGGAUAUCAGGGAAAUCCAUAUAAUGGAUGUGUUGAUCUCAAUGAAUGUGAAUACAAAGGUGCUUGCGGUCUUGGAGCUUUAUGCACAAACUUGCCUGGAGGCCACCACUGUGAGUGUCCAAGAGGCUAUGAAGGUGAUGCCUACAGAGGUGUCUGCACUGACAUCAAUGAGUGCCUCCACAAUGUUUGUGGAAUCAAUGCGAUCUGUCGAAAUGAACCUGGUACCUUUCAGUGCUCAUGUCCUCAAGGAUUUGCCGGAGAUCCCUUUUCAUCUUGCACAGAUGUGGACGAAUGCAUGGCAACCCCCUGUGGAGUUAAAUCCGAAUGUGUUAACACUAAUGGGAGUUUCUCCUGUAAAUGCCUCCCUGGAUAUUCCGGCGAACCAGAGAAAAAGUGUUUAGACAUCAACGAAUGUGACAAUCCUAACCAGUGUGGAAUCAAUGCUAAAUGUAUGAACACGCCCGGAUCCUAUGUGUGCGUGUGUCCUGAAGGAUUUUCUGGGCAUGGCCAAAUUUAUUGUGAAAAUGUGAAUGAAUGCAGUGCAAAUCCAUGCGGAGAAAAUGCUGUGUGCACAGAUACAGUUGGUAGUUUUGUUUGCUCUUGUCGACAAGAUUAUACUGGAGAUCCGUAUAGAAAGUGUGUUGAUAUUGAUGAAUGUGCUAUUUUGGAUAAACCGUGCGGACAAAAUGCAGUCUGUGAAAAUACAGAUCCUGGAUUUACGUGUACUUGUCCUCAAGGAUUUGCUGGAAAACCAGACCCCUCCGUAGCUUGUGAACAGGUGGACGUUUCAGUACUCUGUGCAGUGAAUUCAGAUUGUGCAGAGCAUGCUGAGUGUAUUGAAGGCCAAUGUUUUUGCCUGAAUGGAUUCAAAGCUCAAGGUUCUCUUUGCCAUGACAUUGAUGAGUGUCUGUCCCUUCCUUGUGGACCGUUCUCUGUUUGUAACAACACCCAGGGAAGUUUUCAAUGUAGUUGUAUUCCAGGAAAUGUUGGAGCACCUCCAAAAAUACCAUGCAAACCUCCAUGUGAUGAUAUCAAAUGUGGUGAACAUGCAUUUUGUAAAAACAAUGAACAAGAUGCAUACUGUAUCUGUGAGGAGGGUUGGACAUUUAGUCCUGCAGAUGUAUCAGCAGGCUGCAUUGAUAUCAAUGAAUGUGACCAAGUUCACGGUGUGAAUGGUCAGUGCGGCUUGAACUCCAUUUGCACCAACUCUCUUGGAGGUUUCAACUGCGAGUGUCAGCAAGGUUAUUCAGGGAAUCCCUUCAAACAAUGCUUCGAUAUCGAUGAGUGCCAGCAAAAUCCAUGCGGAGAAGGUGCACUGUGUGAAAACACUGUCGGCUCUUUUGAAUGUUCUUGUCCGCCAGACUGGCUGCCUGAUCCAGAUCCAUCCACAAAAUGUGUGCCCAUCUUAACCUGUAAGGUUGACAAAGACUGUCCAGGCAACGCAAUUUGUUAUGAUAAGAAAUUCUGUCACUGCCCAGAGCCAAAUAUUGGCUCAGAUUGUGUCAACCCAUGUGAUGCUGUGUCCUGUGGUACAAAUGCGGAAUGCGUCAUCUCCAACAAUGAGCCCAGUUGUGUUUGUAGCCCAGGCUUUACCGGCACAACUCCAGACGGAUGUGUUGAUAUUGAUGAAUGUGACAACAACCCAUGCCCAAUCGGUGCUGUCUGCCAUAAUGAACCAGGAAGUUUUAGCUGCAAGUGUCCUGGGGGCACUGUUGGUGACCCAUUCAAACAAGGUUGCAGUCAGGCAAAAAUUCAAAUCGGAUGUGGUCCCGAAAACCCAUGUCCUGGAUCUGAAUUGUGUAUUCGAGACGAUUUUUUAGAGGAAAGUGUAUGCAUUUGUCAACGAGGCUACCUACGAGAUGCAAAAACAGGGAAGUGUCGUGAUGUAAAUGAAUGCACAGAACUGCGCGAUAAACCAGUUUGUGGUGUUAAUGCCAUUUGCAAAAACUUGCCUGGAAGUUACGAUUGUCAAUGUCCUCCAGGCUCCAACGGCAAUCCUUUCAACAGUUGUGAGGAGUGUAACUCAUCGGAGUGCCAGUGUAAGCACCCCUAUCAACUCUUGAAUGGAGAAUGUGUUCUCGCAGGUUGCGAUAAUGGACAGUGUCCAAAUGGAGCCGAGUGUAUCACUAUCGCUGGACAAGUCAGUUAUUGCGCUUGCCCUAAAGGAUUCCGUCGCCAAGAAGAUGGAGUUUGUGAAGAUAUUGAUGAAUGUGCUGAAAUUGCACAAGCAUGUGGCUACGGAGCGGAAUGCAUCAAUAAAAGAGGAGGCUAUGAGUGUCUCUGUAACCAAGGAACAUCUGGAGAUCCAUAUAUAUUGUGUUCUCCUGCACAGAUUAAAUGCUUCAACCACCAUGAUUGUCAGGCCAAUGAGAAAUGCAUUCAACCAGGAGAAUGUGUCUGUCCCCCUCCUUUCAUCACAGACAGGAUGGAUGGGAACAAGUGUAAAAGUCCAUGUGAAAUGUUGAGCUGUGGAAUCAAUGCUGAAUGCAAUCCGCAUGAUCCUCCUCGCUGUGUUUGUCGACCAGGGUUCACUGGUGACCCCCUUUUAGGCUGCAUUGAUAUUGACGAGUGUGUUAACAGCCCAUGUGUUGCAGGCGCAAAGUGCAUCAACGAACACGGCUCUUAUCGUUGUGACUGUCCUAAAGGUGUAACUGGAGAAGGAUGUGCAGAUAGGUGCUCCCGCAAUCCCUGCGGUGAAAACACCCGAUGUCGGGAUGUCAACAAUGGCUAUGAGUGCUCGUGUUUACCUGGCUGCAGUGGUGACCCUCUUAAAGGUUGCAAUUGUGAAACCAACAGAUUAGAUGCCUGUAGCGGUCAUGUUUGCGGAAAAAAUGCUCUUUGUCGCAUGACCUCUGGUUCAGAACCUGAAUGUUACUGUCCUCUGGAAUUCCCAGUCGGAGACCCAGACUCAGAAUGUUUCGCCAAGAGAAUUCCUGUGGAUUGUCGUGUCAGUGGCUGUGGUAAAGGAGCACAUUGUGUGCUAGUUGGCUCAGAUUAUUCGUGUCAAUGUCCCCCUGGAACAGUCGGGAAUCCAAACAAAGAUUGCAUUCCAGAAAAAGAAUGUAGCAGCAACAGUGACUGUCAGUCGGACAAAACUUGCUCAAAUCAUCAGUGUUUGGACGUGUGCAGUGUUAAAGGUGCUUGUGGUCUCAACGCCUUGUGUGAGCCCGUUAACCAUAGACCUAAAUGUUCGUGUCCUACAUGUUACAUUGGCACUCCAAAGACUGGUUGUUACCUGGACUCAAAUUGUAGUAGUCUCUCUAGUCAAAAAUGUUCCUUAAAUAGUGAUUGCCCAUCAAACUUGACGUGUAUUGAUGGGUUUUGUAAAAAUCCCUGUCUCUAUAUAGACAAUAAAAAUAUUUUAAACUGUACAAAUCAUAAAAAGUGCCAUGUUCAAAAUCACAAGCCCGUGUGUAUUUGUGAAACCGGUUAUGCAGUCAAUGAAUAUGGAGACUUGAUUUGCUCACCAAACAAGGUAGAGUGUCUAAAUAACGAUGACUGCCCUUCAAAUUUAGCGUGUUACAAAAGUAAAUGUAGUGACCCAUGCGAACAUACUCUUUGUUCGGCCAACAAAACCUGCAGUGUUCUUGCCCAUCAACCUGUCUGUAUGUGCACCAAAGAUUGUCAACCGUCUACAUUGUCCAUUUGUAUGAGAGACUCAGGAUGCCCCCCUGAUUUAGCAUGUCGCAAUUACUUGUGCAUCAAUCCAUGCGCCAAUUUCAGUUGUCCCGCUCGUUCUCCCUGCAAUGUUGAAGAUCACAAGCCUGUUUGCAAAUUUUGUCCUGUCGGAUUUAGCGCUGACAGUAAAUUCGGAUGUGUGAGAGCUGUUGGUUGUGUGGACAACGAAGAGUGUGCCCUGAAUAUGGCCUGCAUAAAUAACCAGUGUCAAAAUCCUUGCCAUAUGAAUAAUCCUUGUACCAAUCAACAUGAUUGUCAAGUGCAAAAUCAUCAACCUGUUUGUGUCAAAGUUUGUUCGUGCCACAAAAAUUCAAAUUGUGGCCCCAAUCACUACUGUGAUGGAUGCCAUUGUGUCAUUGAUCCUGCUAGUCGAACCCAGUCACCUCUGCCAGGCUGCGAACAUUGUCCUCCUGGUGUGAGGUGCGAUCCUUUCACCGGAGCCUGCAUGAAAAUGAAUGGAACCGCUAAGUAUCCUCAUCCUUGCCAGUCUGACUCAGACUGUCUUGAGAUUGAGGCAUGUUAUGAUGGACAAUGUGGAGAUUUGUGCGCAUUAGCAGGAACAUGUGCUCCGUCUGCCGAAUGUCAAGUCUACAAGCACAGACCCGUUUGUAAAUGUCCCCCAGGUUAUGAAGGAGAUCCUGCUGUCAAGUGCUUUCUUCCUGAACCAUUAUCAUGUGUUACCAAUGCGGACUGCUCAUUCAUGGAGGCCUGCAUAAACAAAAUUUGUCAACACCCUUGUGAUGUUCACAACCCAUGUGCUCAAAAUGCCAUUUGCUCAAACACAAACCACGGAGCUUCCUGUGGCUGUAUUGAAGGCUAUGAAGGCAACGCUUACGUUGGCUGCACUGAAGUUGCAGCAAAAUCUCAGCGAUCUUGUCAGUACAACGGAGACUGUCCUUCAGAUAAAGUUUGCGAUCGGCUAAAUCGGAUUUGUGUCAAUCCAUGUUUCGAAGAUUCUUGUGGUCUCAACGCCGUUUGUAUUCCCGUCAAUCAUGGAACAGACUGCCGUUGUUUGGCUGGUUUUCAUGGAAAUCCAUACCUCGGCUGCACAUCAAUCGUACAGUGCCAUAAUGAUAAUGAAUGUAAUGCAGAUGAAGCAUGUAUCAAUGGCAAGUGUAGCAAUCCCUGUCGCUGUGGUCCAAAUGCCAUCUGUGAAGUAUACUUUCACAAAGCGAAUUGCAAGUGUUUAACUGGCUACUCUGGGAACCCUACAAUCGGAUGCAUCGCUCCAACAAAUCCCUGUAACCCGAAUCCUUGUGGUUAUCAAGCUUUGUGUGAGGUCGAUGAGGGCAAUCCAAUUUGUUUUUGUCCCAAAGGAAUGACUGGAAAUCCAUUUAAAACUUGUAUCCCUGAAGGCGAUGAAUGUUCACCGAACCCGUGUGGACCCUACUCUGGCUGCAGAGUGGUGCAUGGAGCAGCUGUCUGUUAUUGUUUACCGGAGUACGAAGGUGAUCCUCCAAGCAAGCCGUGUCAUCUACCAAAAAAUCCUUGCUCACCAUCACCAUGUGGUCCCAACACUCAGUGCAGCCUUCUGAGCGAUGGCUUUGCCAAGUGUACAUGUCUGCCUGGUUACGUUGAAAGUCCCAAUACAAUCCGAGGCUGUGUUGAAAAACGUAAUCGUUGUGAACCGAAUCCAUGUGGCCACGGAGCCAUUUGUGAUCCAAAUCAAGCUCAGUCAUGCUUCUGUCCAGAGCCUUUGAUAGGAAAUCCUUACCGUUCCUGCACAGCACCCUCAAAAACUUUGUGUCUACCAGGCCCUUGUGGUCAAAAUGCGGAUUGUUAUGUAGUUGGAGGAACUGAGCAGUGUUACUGCAAAAUGACUUUUACCGGUGAUCCAUACACCUCGUGCCGUCCAGGUCGUUCUUCACCUUGUGAUCCUAAUCCUUGUGGACCCUUUGCAGAGUGCUCAAUAUCCCCUGAAGGAAAGCAACAUUGUGCAUGCUUGAGCGGAAUGGCUGGAGAUCCUAUGAGCGGUUGUUCUGGCCCAGAGUGCCGAAGCAACAAAGACUGCUCUCCCACCCAAGCAUGCUUAGGUUGGAAGUGUUUGGACCCUUGUCCUGGUGCUUGUGGAAUCGGAGCUUCCUGCCGUGUAGAGAAGCACCAUCCUCAGUGUGUUUGUGACAGUGGUCUGACUGGAAAUCCUCUGAUCAAAUGCGUUCCAGUCACAGUGCUAACAGCUCCCUCAACAAAUCCAUGUGAGCCAAAUCCUUGUGGCCUGAACACCUUAUGCAGUGUGGUCAAAAAUAAAGCAGCGUGUUCAUGUCUACCUGAUUUCAUCGGAGAUCCCCAAUCCGGCUGCCGUUUAGAAUGCGUCCUGAAUUCUGAUUGUCCCUCAAACCAAGCUUGUAUCUCUCAUCAUUGCAAAGACCCAUGCUCUCUUGGAAACGUUUGUGGUGUUGGAGCAGUUUGUAUCAGCAAAGAUCAUGUCGUCACUUGUGUUUGCCAGAAAGGUUAUUCUGGUGACCCGUUCAUCCAGUGUAUUUCAAAAUCAUACCUUCCCAUAUUGAAGAACGAGACGCUGCCCUGUGAUCCUUCUCCAUGUGAACCGAACUCUUACUGUAGCGUACACAGCGGUCAAGUAGCGAUGUGCAAUCCAUGUGGCUCCUCAGGUGGCUACUGGAGUCCUGCGUGUCAUCCAGACUGUUUAUUUGACUCGGACUGUUCUUUCAAUCUUGCAUGUAUUGGACAAAAGUGCAUGGAUCCCUGCUCAGGCUCUUGUGGUUUUGGUGCUCAAUGCACCGUCCAUCAUCAUCAACCUAUCUGCACAUGUCCUCAAGGACUGGUGGGAAAUCCCUUUGAGCAUUGUCAUCCUCCAACAGCAUCAGAAAAUCAGAAACAGGAUCCUUGUGCUGCCCUACAAUGCGGCGCUAAUGCUGUGUGCAAAGUCAGCUUCGGACACACAACUUGUGUAUGCUCUCCUGGCUACCAAGGCAACCCAUACUUAGGCUGCAGACCAGAAUGUGUGUUGAAUUCAGACUGCCCAUCAGCUCUAUGCUGUGUCAAUAAUAAGUGUGAAGAUCCUUGUAUUGGUGCUUGUGGUGUCAAUGCCGAAUGUCAGGCUGUCAACCAUUUGCCUGUCUGCUACUGUCCAAAAGAUCACUCUGGCGAUCCAUUUGUCAGCUGUUAUGCAUUCAAGCCAAUUUUCGCUCCAGUCAUGGGACACCCGAGCAACCCAUGUGAUCCCUCUCCUUGUGGACCAAACAGUCGCUGCUUAAUAUCAAAGCAAGGUUAUGCCUCUUGCUCAUGUUUACCCGGCUAUCGAGGUGUUCCUCCAGUCUGCAAAUCAGAAUGUGUGAUCAGUGCGGAGUGCCCACAAUCACAAGCUUGCAUCAAUCAAAAAUGCGCCGAUCCAUGUCCAGGGACCUGCGGACUCAAUGCGAGAUGUGAUACCAUCAACCAUAAUCCAAUCUGUAAUUGUGCCCCAGGUUACGUCGGAGAUCCUUUCAUCAACUGUUAUUUACCUCCUGCGGAAGAAAUUCCCAAAAUUCCUAAAAUCGAUGGCAACCCCUGUGACCCCUCACCCUGCGGCUCAAAUUCCAUCUGCCAAGUAACUCAGGGACAUCCUGUCUGUUCUUGUGCAAUGAAUUACACCGGAAAGCCUCCAUUCUGCCGCCCUGAAUGUGUCAUGAGCCAGGAAUGUCCUCAUGAUCAAGCCUGCAUCCGAGAGAAGUGUCGCGAUCCUUGCACCCAAUCUUGCGGUUACAAUGCAAAAUGCAGUGUCAUCAAUCAUACCCCUUUCUGCUCUUGUUUACCUGGGUACGAGGGUGACGCCUUUGUUGGAUGCUCCUCUGUGCCACCAACUGUGCAAGCUCCAAUCCCCACGAAUCCUUGCACACCAUCGCCUUGUGGUGAGAAUGCCCACUGCACGAGCGUUGAUGGAACUGCCAGGUGCACCUGCAUACCUCCCUAUGUCGGUAAUCCCUAUGCUGGAGGCUGCCGGCCUGAAUGUGUCAUUCCCAGUGAUUGCGCACCUCAUGAAACGUGUUUAUCUAGUCACUGCCGAGAUCCCUGCCCAGGGGUCUGUGGCAGGAAUGCGGUCUGUAAGGUCGUAAAUCAUAUUCCACAGUGCUCUUGUUUACCAGGGUUUAUUGGAAAUCCUUUCCAGUCUUGCAAGCCUGAACCUCCGAAACCUUUGCCCCCGAAAAAUCCAUGUGAAUCUGCAAUGUGUGGUCCAAACAGCAUUUGUCGGGUGUCAGAUGGUCAUGCAGUUUGCUCUUGUCAAAGAGACUUUGUUGGAACUCCCCCUGCUUGUCGGCCAGAAUGUGUUCAAAGUGGUGAAUGUGACCAGACCAAAGCAUGCGUAAAUCAAAAAUGUGUCGAUCCUUGUCCAGGAACCUGUGGUGUGCAGGCAGUCUGCCAAGUCCUCAACCAUAACCCAAUGUGCAGCUGUCCUCCUUCAACCACUGGUGAUCCGUUUGUUAAAUGUGUUGAAGAGGCUCCCAAAGAAGCAGUGGAGUCAAUCAACCCUUGUGUGCCAUCUCCAUGUGGAGCCAAUUCAGAAUGCCAUAUAACCGAACGUGGAGCAAUGUGCUCAUGUGUCCCGGGGAUGCUUGGAGCACCCCCUCACUGUCGACCCGAAUGCUCAAUCCAUGCUGACUGUCCAACAAAACUGGCUUGUAUCAAUAACAAAUGUCGAGAUCCGUGCAUGAAAGCCUGCGGAGUGAAUUCCCAAUGCGCUGUUGUCAAUCACAAACCUGUUUGCUCCUGUUUUGAUGGAUAUCAAGGCGAUCCUUUCACUCGUUGCAACCCAGUUCGAGCUAGUGAAAGAACUCCAGCGCAAACUGACCCCUGCUUUCCAACACCGUGCGGUGUCAAUGCUGAUUGUGUCAAUAAUAAAGGAGUGGCCUCAUGCGUCUGUCUCUCUGGUUUUUACGGUAACCCACACAGUGGCUGCCAUCGUGAAUGUGAAUCCAACACAGAUUGUGCGUCAUCACUCGUCUGCUCAAAUUACAAAUGUGUGGAUCCUUGUCCAGAAACUUGCGGCGUUGAAGCUGUUUGCACAGUAUCAGAGCACAAGCCAGUUUGUUCUUGUGCUCAAGGAUUUUCUGGUGAUCCAUUCAUUCAGUGCCAUCCAAUACCUGUCUCCCCCUCGACCCCGCCUCCAGUCUUGAACCCUUGCUAUCCUUCCCCAUGUGGCGCUAACAGUCAAUGCAGGCCAGUGAAUGGUGAAGCCAUUUGUUCUUGCUUACCUCAGUUUGUCGGCAAUCCACCAAAAUGCCACCCAGAGUGCACCGAAAAUUCGGAUUGUCCAGCGGACAGAGCUUGUGUCAACCUAAAAUGUGCCAAUCCUUGUCAAAACACAUGUGGUAUUCGUGCUCAAUGUACUGUCAGAAAUCACAAUCCAAUUUGCACGUGUCCUGCAAAAUACACCGGAGACCCAUUCAUCCAAUGCAGUGCUAUCCCUUCAUCAUUCAUACAAGUUCCCUCAAAAUCCAGCGCAUCCUGUCAACCCUCACCUUGUGGACCUCAUUCUCAGUGCCAAAUUGUUGAUAAUAAGCCAGUGUGCUCUUGUAUCCCAGGCUUCAUCGGAUCUCCGCCAAAAUGCCGUCCUGAGUGCGUGAUCAGCACAGAUUGUUCUAGUCAUUUAACAUGUGUCAAACAAAAAUGCACGGAUCCUUGUCCAGGGUCCUGUGGCGUUAAUGCUCAAUGUCAAGUUCUCAACCAUGUUCCUACUUGUUCUUGUAUGGAAGGAUUCACUGGGGACUCUUUCGUCCAUUGUUCUCCGAUUCCCAUGACUGGUGUCAACCUGGAAACAACAGGAGAUCCCUGUCUCUCAUCUCCUUGUGGAAUCAAUGCUGUCUGUCAGAAAGGCUUUUGCUUUUGCAUUGGUGAUUAUGAAGGAAAUCCCUACGAAGAAUGUCGACCGGAAUGCACGAUCAAUCAUGAAUGCGAUCGCAGUAAAGCUUGUAUUGCAAAUAAGUGUCAAGAUCCUUGUCCUGGAACUUGUGGACAGUUUUCUCAAUGCAGUGUUGUAAAUCAUAUGCCGAUUUGUUCAUGUCCUCAGGGUAUGACAGGAGACCCAUUUUUCUCUUGUCGAAUGCUCACAGCAGAACCUUCAAAACCUAAAGACGUGUGCAUUCCAUCACCUUGUGGACCAAAUAGUAAAUGUCAAACAAUCGAAGGGAAUGCUGCUUGCUCCUGCUUGCCUGGCUAUGUCGGCACACCUCCUAAUUGCAAGUUGGAAUGUGUUGUAAGCUCAGAGUGUCCAUCACAGGAAGCUUGCAUUAAUUCAAAAUGUAUCGACCCCUGCACGGGAGCAUGUGGAGUAGGAGCCAGAUGCGGAGUUGUCAACCACAGUCCUAUUUGUUCGUGUGGACCUGAGCUGACCGGCGAUCCUUUCAAAAGUUGCCAAGAUCUAUCAAUGUUGCCAUCAACACCCCCAGAGGAGGACAAAAGUGUCUGCAAUCCAUCCCUGUGUGGGCCGAACUCACAUUGCGAAGUGGAAGGUGAAAUACCCGUUUGCUCCUGCCUUCCGAACUUCAAAGGAAGACCUCCGCAUUGUAGACCGGAAUGUAUCAUCAAUCCUGAUUGUCCAUCAAAUCUAGCGUGUAUCAAUCAGAAAUGUGUCAAUCCUUGUCCCGGCUCAUGUGGAAUCAAUGCUGAAUGUCAAGUCAUAUCUCACUCCGUCCACUGUUCCUGCUCGCCAGGAUUAACUGGGAAUCCUUUUGUCCAGUGCAUUCAGCAAGAAAAACUAACCAAUCCGUGUACUCCAUCGCCAUGUGGACCAAACGCUUAUUGUCGACAGCAGAAAAAUGCUGGCUCUUGCAUUUGUAUUCCGGACUAUCAUGGUAAUCCGUACGAGGGAUGUCGUCCUGAAUGUGUGCUAGACUCUGACUGUUCGUCAAACUUUGCUUGCAUCCUGAACAAAUGCACAGAUCCCUGCCCCAGCACUUGCGGACAAAGAGCAGUUUGUUCUGUAAUCAAUCAUGUACCCUCCUGUAACUGUCUACCUGGUCACAUUGGAGAUCCUUUUGUUGACUGCAAUCCCCAACCUGUUGCAGAUACUGAGGCAGCUCUGGUAGAUCCAUGCACUCCAUCACCUUGUGGUCCCAACAGUCAGUGUCGGAAAGCGAACAAUCAACCAGUGUGCUCCUGUCUUCCAGAAUACAAGGGCGCUCCUCCUAAUUGCCAGCCCGAAUGUGUUUCAAACAACGAGUGUCCUUUGAAUAAAGCAUGCCAAAACUAUAAAUGUCGUAACCCGUGCUCAGGAGCAUGCGGUCUUCAAGCUUCUUGUGAGGUCAUUAGUCAUAGCCCUGUCUGCAGCUGUCCUGCUGGAUUGAUGGGUGAUCCAUUCGUGAGGUGCAUGCUUCCAUUAGCCAUACCAUCUUCACCAAUCGAUGAAUCAGAUAACCCUUGCCUCCCAUCGCCAUGUGGGCCAAAUUCAGUUUGUCGUAUCAUCAAAAAGCAAGCCGCUUGCUCAUGUCUUCAUGGUUUCAUUGGAACAGCCCCGAAUUGCAGACCAGAAUGCACUGUUAGCUCUGAUUGCUCUGCAUCUGAGGCAUGCAUCGUUGGGAAAUGCAGGGAUCCCUGCAUAGGAUCCUGCAGCAAUAACGCAGAAUGUCGAGUUCAGAAUCAUGCCCCUGUUUGCUCAUGCGUAGAAGGUUACUCCGGGGAUCCGUUUAGCCAGUGCUCUCCUAUCAUGGUAAUUGAAGAACCCUCUGGAAGAGAUCCAUGCACACCAUCACCUUGCGGAGCCAAUGCUGACUGUUUUGAUGGAAAUUGCAAGUGCCGCCCAUCUUACUAUGGAGAUCCGUACUCUGGCUGUCGCCCUGAAUGCACUCUCAAUUCCGAGUGUCCGUCGAACAAAGCUUGCACCAACCAGCGCUGUGUUAACCCAUGUCUUGGGAUCUGCGGACAAGACGCACGUUGCGAUGUAAUCAAUCAUGCUCCUUCUUGCUCUUGCCCCCCAGGAUUGACAGGAAACCCCUUGGCAGCUUGUCGCUCAUUUACAGUACAAAAUGACACUUUGGCUGGCGAUCUAUGCAAUCCCAACCCUUGCGGACCCAACAGCAUUUGCCGUAUCACGAAUGGCUUUGCAGUGUGUUCUUGUCAGCCAGGUCUCAUUGGCUCGCCACCUCUUUGUCGUCCUGAAUGUAUAGUCAGUACAGAGUGCCCUCUAACCCAAGCUUGUAUAAGGAGCAAGUGCGCUGACCCUUGCACCGGAACCUGUGGCGUCAAUGCAGAAUGUAGGGUUAUCAACCACAGUCCAAUCUGUAGCUGUGAACCUGGACAUACCGGAGAUCCAUUCAGACAGUGUUAUGCAGAACCUAUGAGUCCUGGUCCACUUCCUUCAACAGAAAAUCCAUGUAAACCAUCACCUUGUGGUCCUAACUCCAAGUGCCAAGUAUCAGAAGGAAACCCAGUCUGCUCCUGUUCAGAACAUUACAUGGGAAGUCCUCCACAUUGUCGCCCUGUGUGCACCAUAGAUCCAGAAUGUCCUAGUCAUUUAGCGUGUAUCGGUCAAAAGUGCGCUGAUCCUUGUCCUGGGUCGUGUGGUUCAAAUGCUCGGUGUUCCGUCAUCAACCAUUCCCCAAUGUGUGCAUGUCUCUCUGGUUAUUCUGGUGACCCGUUCACUGGAUGCUCAGCAACAGAAGUUUCCCUAUCGAACGAGAUCACAGAAGCUGACCCCUGUUACCCAUCACCUUGUGGUUCUAAUGCACGCUGCCAGAAUGAUGAUGGCUUCGUUAUUUGUGAGUGCAUAGCUGAGUACCAGGGCAAUCCAUAUGAAGGCUGUCGGCCGGAAUGUUUAGUUAGUUCCGAUUGUCCUAUGAACUUGGCCUGCAUCGGGAACAAGUGCCAUGACCCUUGUCCUGGAACAUGUGGCUUCUCCGCUAUUUGCACAGUCUCCAACCACAAUCCCAUUUGUACUUGUCCUGAAGGCACAACUGGAGAUGCUUUCAAGUUGUGUCAACUCAUUCAAAAAUCUGAUAGUACAGUAACGCUCUCAUCACCGUGUUCUCGUUCGCCUUGUGGACCAAAUGCUGUUUGCCGUGUAAUCAAUAACGCGGCAAUGUGUGAAUGCUUGCCAGAUUUCUAUGGGUCACCGAGCGACAGUGGCUGUCGCCCUGAGUGUGUCAUCAGCGCAGAUUGUCCUCGCAACAAAGCAUGCAGUGGAAACAAAUGUCAAGAUCCGUGCCCCGGUAUUUGUGGAACAAACGCUAUUUGUCAUGUUGUUAACCAUAGCCCUGUUUGCUCAUGUCCUGUAUCAAUGGUUGGAGAUCCAUUUAUCGAAUGUCGCCUAGCUCCUGCUGAGUCAACAGACCCAUGUUUCCCAUCUCCAUGUCAUAAGAAUGGAAUCUGCAACAUUAUUGGUGGAUCGACGACUUGUAUCUAUCCGGAAUGUAUCAUCAAUCAAGACUGCCCCAGAGACAAAGCUUGCUUCUCGCAGAAGUGCAGUGAUCCUUGCUAUGAUGCUUGUGGUGUUAAUGCUAUUUGCCAUGCUGUCAACCACCAACCUGUUUGUUUCUGUCCACCCGGUUUCACUGGGGAACCUCAAGUCCUCUGCAAAAUGCAACCAACGUCAGCAGAACCUAGAAUAGAGUGUACCUCAGACACAGAAUGUAACAAUGAUCGAGCGUGUGUCAGUGGCUCCUGUAAAAAUCCGUGUGCAACAUCUUCGAAUGUUUGUGGCAUUAAUGCUGAAUGUCAUGUGCAGUUCCAUCGGCCCAUAUGUGCUUGUAAAUCUGGUUUCAUUGGAAACGCUCUGGUCCAGUGUCAGGAAGCUGGUUGCCAGGAUAAUUCAGGGUGCUCGACGAUGGAGGCAUGCAUCAACGGAGAAUGCGUAAACCCCUGCACCUUUUCGCAAUGUGGUGUGAAUGCUGAGUGCCAUCCCGACAAUAACCAUCGAGCACGAUGCUCUUGUCCAGCAUCGUUUACUGGAGACCCUCUCGUUAAGUGUGAACGUCCACAAUGUUCGUCCAAUGAUGAUUGUCCACAGAAUUUGGCCUGUCAGAACAAGCGGUGUGUCAACCCCUGCAUCUGUGCAAAUAAUGCUCUUUGCAUUGUUAUUUCGCAUAAUCCCACCUGUCAAUGUCCGCCCGGUUUUGUCGGAAAUCCAUAUCGUUCUUGCGUCAUCGCACCGAUUGAGGUCUCACCUGGUUGCAAGCAAGACUCAGAUUGCCCAAGCCGUCAUGUUUGUAUGUCUGGGGACUGUCGUGAUCCUUGCAUAGGAAUCCAACCAUGUGGACAAAAUGCUGAAUGUAAAGUUCUAAAUACUUUACCUUUGCGCACCUUGUCCUGUCAAUGCCUUCCAGGUUAUGUCGGUGAUGCAAGUGUUCAGUGUGAAAGAGCUGCAGCUCAAGUGGAGCAUGGUUGCAAAGGAGAUGCAGAAUGUUUAGAAUCUGAAGUCUGCAUUAAUCUUCUUUGUGUAAAUCCUUGUGCCGUGUCAACUCCUUGCGCUCCAUCUGCCGAAUGCCAAGCAGAUAAUCAUCGAGCAAUGUGUAAAUGCCCACCUGGUCUUGUGGGAGAUCCUUUCGUCAAUUGCUACAAAGCGUCUGUAAAAUCACCUGAAUGCUCAGUUGAUUCAGACUGUGCAACAGAUGUUGCCUGUAUUAACCAACGUUGCCAAGAUCCGUGCAUUUUAAGUAAUCUUUGCGGCGCUGGAGCUCAGUGUUCAGUCUCAAUGCACAGGCCAGUUUGCGAUUGCCCAGCUGAUUGGGCAGGAGAUCCUCAAGUUCAGUGUUACAAGCCGGAAUGCCAAAGCAAUGCAGACUGCGUUUAUGACAAAGCCUGCGUUGAGAACAGCUGUUUGGAUCCAUGCCAGGAAACAACUUGCGGAAGAGGUGCUGAGUGCAAAGUCCAAAAUCACCAUGCAUCUUGCACUUGUCCAUUGGGGACUCAGGGCGAUCCACUCAUCUCUUGCAUCGGAGUCAUUUGUCAAUUCAAUGAUGACUGUGCGGAUCAUGAAUCGUGUGAUAGAGUGAACCACAAAUGCAGACCUGUUUGUCAAGAAAAGACGUGUGCAACUAACGCCGCAUGCAGUGCAGCAAAUCACCAGGCAACAUGUACCUGUAUGCCAGGCACUCAGGGCAACCCGUACACAGAUUGUUCGACUGCUAGACUUCCUGCCCCUGUAUGCAGUCAAGACGCUGAUUGCCCCUCCAAACUAGCUUGCAUCAAUCAACGGUGUGAAAAUCCUUGCCUUGCAUCUCACAUUUGCACCAAAGAACAAGAUUGCAGAGUUUUAGAUACAUUACCUCUUCGCUCGGUUGUUUGCGAAUGUCCCUCUGACACCAUUGCAACACCUGAAGGCAGCUGUAAACCCAUUGCGGGAACAACGAAAGAUCCUAAGUGUCGAUCCUCAGAAGAAUGCAAGAACAAUGAGAAGUGUUUCAAAGGUGUUUGCACAGACGCUUGUAGAGUUGAACCUUGCGGUGUUAAUGCACAGUGUAUCGGGAAAAAACACCAAGCUGUAUGCUCCUGUCCACCUGGCUACAUAGGCAGCCCAUAUUUCGAGUGCAGCAGUUUGCCCAAGUUACCUCUACCAGUCCUACCAGAGUGCACCAGAGACAAUGAUUGUUCUUACGGUCUUGGUUGCAAUAGGCAACGCUGUGUGAACCCUUGUACUACAAAAGUCUGCUCGCGGAAUGCAUUCUGUCAUGUUGAAGGCCACAAACCAAUAUGUCGCUGUCCACCAGGUUUCAGUGGGGACCCCAUGGUGGAGUGUAAACCAUCAACGGAAGCUGCAACUAUUGGUUGUUCAUCAAACGCAGAAUGUCCUCUGCAAGAAUCGUGUGUGAAUAGACUUUGUAUCAGCCCCUGCAACUGUGGUCCAAAUGCGGACUGUAAAGUUCUCGAUCACUAUCCAAUUUGCUCUUGCUCCCCUGGUUUCUCUGGCAAUCCACAAUUUGGCUGUGUGAAAGUUGAUUGUGAAUCAGACUCACAUUGCUUGUCGUCACAGACUUGCUACAAUGGAAAAUGUGUAAAUCCGUGCAUCCUGGAAGAUGCAUGCGCUCCUAAUGCAGAAUGUUACGGUGACAACCACCAGACCGCUUGUCGGUGCGCACCUGGCUAUGAGGGCAACCCCCUUGUCAGAUGUGAACACGUUGAGUGCCAUUCAGAUUCAGAAUGCAGAUCUGAUCAGAAAUGUUUCAAUUUGCAUUGCGUCAAUCCGUGCCAAAAUUCACCUUGUGCACCGAAUGCUGUCUGUUACGUCAACAACCACAAUGCUGCGUGCCGCUGUCCCGAGAGCCUACCCCUUGGAAAUCCUGCAGUAAACUGUGAACGCCAACCCUCCUUCGGUAAAGAGCCGGAAUGCAAGUACGACACAGACUGUGUCAGCGGUUUGGCCUGCCUUACCAACAAAUGUGUCGACCCCUGUUACGAACUUGUCCCUUGCUCCAAUUCAGCACGGUGCAAUGUUUUGGACAGUGUCCCAGUGAAGACUUUGACUUGCACUUGUUCAGAGGGAUGGGUGCCCAAUGCAGAAGGCGAAUGUAGACCAGUUGUUGUGCCGAGUCCUCCUGGUUGUGCAACAAACCAAGAUUGUCCUAGUAAUGAAACUUGUAUCAGCCGUAUUUGUCGUAACCCUUGUAACUGUGGUGCCAAUGCUAAUUGUAUCGUCCAAGAUCACUAUCCCAUUUGCUCCUGUCAAGAAGGUUUUGAAGGCAAUCCUCACAUUGCUUGUCGCUCCAUUGGCUGUCGCACAGACGGAGAAUGUGAAAGUGGAAAAGCUUGCUUGAAUAGUCAUUGUAUCGAUCCAUGCUUAGUCAGCAACCCAUGCGGUUUUGACGCUGAAUGCUACACAAUCGGAAACCGUGCAGAAUGUCGCUGUGUGAGUGGUUAUCGAGGAGAUCCAUACGACAGAUGUACGGUGAUUGGUUGUCGAACGAAUAACGAUUGCCCAGAUGACCGAGCCUGCAUAAAUUCUCAGUGUAUAAAUCCAUGUGCUUACGAACACCCUUGCGCAGCAAACUCCGAGUGCAAAGUCAACAACCAUCUGGCUUUGUGCAGGUGUCCACCAGGGGAACUUGGCAACCCCUAUGUCGGCUGUCGACCGGAGCCAAAACCAGAGUGUAAAGUAGAUGCUGACUGCCCUGCAAAACUGGCAUGCUUCAACGAUGUGUGUCAGAAUCCAUGCACUGCUCUUCAGCCCUGCACCUCGCCAGCUGAGUGUAGCGUUGUUUCGAGCCUUCCUGUCAGGACAAUGCUCUGCGUCUGUCCCAACGGCUAUGCUAGUAGUGGAAGUGGCACCUGCAAAGCAGCACCUCCAAUAAUACCGAUCGGUUGCAUAGCAGAUUCCGAUUGUCCUCUUCACAAAGCCUGUGUUAAUGCUCUUUGCAUGAGCCCGUGCAACUGCCCAUCUUAUGCAGAGUGUCAAGUCAGCGAUCACAAACCAACUUGCUCUUGUCCACCUGGUUUUGAAGGAGACCCGAAUAUAGAAUGUGUAAAAAUUGAUUGUCCAGCAAACAAAGGGUUCAUCCGUGCUGAAAAUGGUGAAUGUGUUUGUCCCCUCGGGUACGCACUAAAUGCCAAUGAUGAAUGUCAGCCAUGCUAUAUAAAUCAAGGAUACAAAAUUGAUGAGAAUGAUCGCUGUACCUGUGCUCUAGACAGAGGAUUCAUCGUUAAUGAAUUUGGCGAAUGUGUGUGUCCUACAGAGUUUGGCUAUCAGAGAGACACGAAUGGAAACUGUGUAUUAGUCGGCGAAUGUGAAAAAGAUGACAACUGUCCGAACAAGAAAUUCUGCAAUUUGAAUACGCAAAUCUGUGAAGACGCCUGCCAAAACACUCGCUGCGGAGUGAAUGCCUUCUGCAAUGCCACCAAUCAUAAGGCAGUUUGUCUAUGUAUUGCUGGCUACAACGGAGAUCCCUACUCAGUCUGUAACCAUACACACACAGUUUUUCGUACUGACUUCCCCCGUCCAGACAUGGUUGUCAGUUGUCUAUCGGAUGGUGUUCAAGUUGAAAUUCAUAUCACAGAGACAGGAUUCAAUGGUGUUUUAUAUGUGAAAGGUCAUAGCAAAGAUGAAAGCUGCCGCCGCAUAGUUUCCGUUCCGCAAGAAUACGCGAACCAGAGGACAGAAAUAUUUAAAGUCCACUUUGGCAGUUGUGGCCUCCUCUACAAAAACGGUCUUGCAGAUUUUGUCUUAGUAAUACAAAAACAUCCAAAAUUGGUAACUUACAAAGCUCAAGCUUAUCACAUCAAGUGCGUUUAUUCAACAGGAGAGCAGAAUGUAACACUAGGGUUCAAUGUUUCAAUGCUUACGACAGCUGGCACCAUCGCCAAUACAGGACCCCCUCCAACUUGUACCAUGAAAAUUGUCACACACACAGGACAAGAAAUCAACUCUGCUGAAAUAGGAGACAACUUGAUGCUUCAAGUAGAUGUACAACCAUCAAGCAUUUACGGAGGAUUUGCGCGGAGUUGUAUCGCUAAGACAAUGGAAGAUUCAGUUGAGAACGAGUAUAUUGUCACUGAUGAAAAUGGUUGCGCAACUGACCCAUCAAUAUUCGGAGAUUGGGACUACAAUCCAGACACGCAGUCACUUCUUGCAACUUUCAAUGCAUUUAAGUUCCCCAGCAGUGACAAUAUUCGGUUUCAGUGUAAUAUCCGCGUUUGUUUCGGAAAAUGUCAGCCAUCUGAUUGUCGCGGUUACAAUGCGUAUGGGAAACGUAGGAGAAGGGAUCUCAGGUAUGUGAGUAAGAACUCAUCAACGGAUGUCUCAGAAGCGCUCUUGGCUGGCCAAUUAAGAGAAGAAAUAACAAUCCAGUCUAAUGCCAUCUUAACUCUCGAACGCUCGGAAGAAAGAGUAGCAGGCCCUCCUGAUGCUCCUGAGCCGCAGCGUGCAGAAGACAUCUGUAUUUCUGUCAUAGGUUUUAUUAUAGCUUUAAUUGUGACUGCACUGCUAGCUUUAGUUGCAGUUGCUGUCGCUGUUUCCUGUUGGCUGCUAGCGUAUCGUCGUCGGCCAACAUUAGCGGGACCCCUACCUCAUCCUCCAGAAUUCCCUAACCCACUAUUCACUACGCCAGAACCUGUUGCAGAACCGUCUCCUGACUAUCAUUCCUGAAUUUUCUUAAUAUAGUUAAUUUUCAUAUUAGAGUAAGUUUUUGAACUAGACUGACUUGCUAUUUAUUUUAGUUUAUUAUUUACUGUCAACUGUUCAGUCAUUUUUUUCUAACUCCAAUGCUCUAUUUGUGGGGACAAUAAAAACUCAACACUGUCUCCAAAUUAUCUGUGAUAAAUAAUAUUGACAUUCAAUUUUUAAUCUUGUAAAAAUCAUUAUUCAAUUACAUAUCUAUGUUGUUUACUAAAUUUAUCUAAUUUAUUGUCUUUUUUUUAAAUUUUACUUUGUAGCUCAGUAUUUUUAGAAAAACAACUUUAAAAAGUUGCACCUAAAAAUGAGCAGAUUCUUGAUGUUAUUUGAAGAACUAUGUUUUAAGGUCAGUAGCAACCUAAGUCUAGAGCUGAAUUUUUGGAAGGAUACUUUUUUUUCUCUCUGCUUUAUAUGUAGCCAAAUUUAUAGUUCAAGUAUCUUGCUCUAAUCAUUUGAAAUAAAUUAUGGCCAAAGAACAUGGUUCUUAAGUGCAUUUCUGUAAUUCUUUUUAGUGUUGAAAGUACCUAUUUGUACAAACUGUUGAGUGCACAGUAAAGAAUUUCGCUCAAAUCAAAGAGUGCUUUGAACUUACAAAAUGUUUGUUUAUCCAAAGUUUAGUUGAAUUAUCUUUAAAAAAGGUACAAAUAAUUCAUCGUAAAAUAAUUGUGUAAACAUGUACAUACUUUUAAGUUGUAUAUUUUGAUAUGAAAAUGUAAGUAUGCGAUAGCAGUAGGCAUAAUAAAGAAUACUGCCGGAAUACAAGUUGGAAUAAGUCUUAGAAUGUGAUUCUUCCAUCUCAAAGUCAUCAUAUUUAGUCAUUAUUUGUAUUUUUGUAAAUCUAAGUUUUUUAUUUUUGUUUAAUAUUCUGUCUAUGAAAUAUCAUACUUCAGGUGACCGUGCUGUAACGAUCAAAAUUAUCACAAACUUGUUGCCUGAAAAGGUUGACCUCAAAACCUUGUUGGAAGAAAGUUUUUGCGUUCUCAGCUCUUCAUGCAGCAUUAGCUAAAAUUAUGAUUUAUUGUUUCAAAUCAGUUAAUAAAUUAAACGUAUUCCAAUGUUAUUGCCAAAAAAAAUUUCAGCCCCAUAUAGUGGGAUACAAAGGUAUGCAAAUUAUGUGAAGGGAAUUGAGGUUGCUUCUUUAAUUUAAAUUUGUGAGGAUAUGUAUGGUAUGAAUACCUCAAUAAUUAAUUACUUAACAUGUUUUGUUUUUUUUUCUCAAAUAAUCAAAAGGAAAAAUGGUUCAAGGUCUUUGAUUCGCGGCUCCCUUUAUAAAUAUUGAUGUUAAUUAUCUCAUGAAUCCAUAUAUUUAACCAUAAGUAAACAAGUGCAUUGUUUCAAAAUUAUCUCUGCUGACUGUUUUGAUUAGCAUUGUUAGCAACAUAGUACGGUUUUCUUGGCAUAAUUUAACGUGCUCGCCUCUUAAUUUUACCCAGGGUAUGGAAGAAAAAAUUAUAGUUUUUAUCUUUGUCUCAAAGUAUAGCAUAGAUACAGUAUCAUGAGAACUACUUUCUUUGUCUAAAAAAAAACAUACAUUUCUUCCUGAUAAAACUAUUCAAUAAGCUCAAUGAAUUCUCCCGAAAGUUUUUCUGAAAACAUCAAAGAUCAAAGAUCAAAGAAGCAAGGUAAAAUAUUUAAAGGCAGUUUGAAACAAGACGUAACAGAGUUUCACAUUGUCAGUCUUUUUUGAAGUAUUAAUGCAAGCUGUCUUUUAUCCUCCACACUGCCUUUCUACUAAGAUUAUCAUUCAAGUGCAUCGGUGUGCUCCUGAUCCUAGGCCUAAUUCGUGUUAUUCAUUAAUCAUUUUUCCUUUUUAUUAUAUUUUAUUUGAUGUAAGUUACAAUCGUGGAAGAGAACAAAUAAAUCAAUUACUUCAUUGCUCAACUGAUCUAAUAUCCUGUAAGUGAUUAGCACUGAAACACAUUGCACUGAAAGUCGUUUUUAAAUGUGCGCAAUAGUCAUUGGUGCAAUUCACCAGUUAAUAUGUAAAUAUGUUGAUAUUUCUUUUCAGUGUACUGUAUUAGUAUUUUAGUUAUGUUUUUCGGUUUUGACACAUUUAUUUAUUCUCAAUUUGAAGUUUUGUUUGAGCUAUUGUUAUAAAGAAAUUUAGUGAUGGCCAGUUGAAGAUAAGAAAAUGCAACUCUCCAACGUUUCCAUUUUAAAUCUUUUCACUCUACCUUCAUUAAUGAUUGAUGACUCAUUACUUUGAAACAAUUGCAGACGAAUACCUCCAUUUUCAAUCUUGGAUUGUGUUGUUCUCUUUUGCUGAGGUCAUUGUAACUGAUUUCGAUUUUUUGAUAGUCUUUCGUAUGAAAAUUUUGUGUGCAAUAGGCACAUGAUGCUAAUUGAAAGAAUGCCACAGAUGAUAACUUCUGGAAAAGCUGGAAAACCUUCCCCUUCUUCGUAAUAUGAGAGAAUUGUAUGAUUAAAUCUAAAAUUGUUUCCAUCAAAGAGUCAGCCAAUUCUGUAUGGUUCUACUCCAAUGGUCUUUACGUUCUUGAGACGCGUGUUUUGAGUUAUCAUUCCCAAAAAACUCCAGAGUCCUUUCCGUAACCAUGAAUUGUCAGAGAAUUUUGAAAACUUAAAGUAAACUUGCCGUGCAGUAAUUUUGCAAUAAAAUGUCCUGUCUAAAAAUAUGGUGAAAGUCUAUCUAAAGCUGACCAUCACUUUUAUUUCUCUCUGUAGAGUGUCUCAUUCGAAAACUUUAAGUUAGGUGAAAUAUUUCUAGAGGUAAUUUUCCUAGAAAUUCAACAAUUUUUUAAGUAGAAAACUUUUCUGGACAGCAAUUAUAACCAAAUGACUACCUCUGGGUGUUUAAAUCUUAAAUUCUACAUCAGGAAGUUUCUAUUUCGAAAGGCAGAUGAAAUCAAUUUUUGUGACUUUAUAUUAUCCUUGGUUCAUUCAAUGUAUACUAAAGCCCUAAAAGUGUGCUAGUUGUAGAGCUCAACUUGAUGCAGCAAGCCAAAAAAAUAGGUUAAUAAAAUUUGUAUUAUAAUUUUAUAAAAUCAGGUUCCAAAGGCGCGCUUAGACACGUCAAGCUGCUGGCUGAGCCACAUUACAAACAUGUAAUUGUUUUCCCAUAUUGCCGCUGAUUGCACCGAUUUUAUGAAGCUCGUAAAGCGGCUUGGCAGGUCUUGUGAAUGCGCCUUAAUCCUGUAUCCUAAUUUCAUAGGUUAAAAAUAGCUCAUAGAGUUAAAAUGUUUUAGUUUAUUAGCAUCUCUGUACGUGAGUUUUUCGAAGGCCGAUGAUUUUUUGUGUUCUUCAUUCUUAUGCAGAGGCUCUAAAUGUUUCCCUACUUAAAAAUAUUUCAUAUUUGCCGUAGCUAUAUUUUCUCGUCGACUGAAGCCAUUUCUCUGUUUUCACAUUGAGGAAACACUUCUCUACUAUUGAAGUGCAAAACCCUAAAAGUUUUUCCUUAGGCUCCUCACAUUUAUCCAAGUGAAGGGCUACAGGGAUGUUUUGCAAGUUUCUUCCUCUAAAUCAAUUUUUUCAUAUAAUUUAGGGAUUUGAGUUCUGCUAUUUUUAUUUUUACCUGCAAAAUCUUGUCAGUUCUUUUUUUUUUUAUCAUACCUAGUAUUUUCCUAUGUUCAGAUGUAGAAAAUUCUCCUCAGUUUUGCAGUGCUGAGCUCACCUGCUAUAGCAGUUUACAUGAACUUCUUCAUGACCUCCUGAGCACAAUGAGCUCUUAAAAUUGAACUUUUUUUGUGCAAAUUUUGAGAUAAGUAGAGCUGAAAAGUGAAUUUUUUAGCAUCUUUACACACAUAAUCCUAGAGACGUUGGUGAUUGAUAAGAGGUCCUUUCUCCGCAUCGCAUGUAGACCUAGAAGAUGAAGAAAAUUUUGCCUAAACUGCUUCAGAGAAGGAAGGUCUAUCUGCAUAUUCAAUAAAAUGGCAGUGCCUAUCCCCAUGAAAUAACUUGUGGAAAUAUGCCGAUAUAUUCUCUUUUAAGUCCUACUUUUCUCAAAAUUGGCUCACCGAGAGAUCGAUUUUAAUAGCUCAUCGAUCUCAGGGGGUCGUAAAGAAUAUCAUAUGACAGUGACCCAAUUCGAUCGCUUUCUUUAUUUUCUGUGCAGGGGCCUUCAAGUGAUAGUUGAAGUACUCUAACAGCAAAGAGUCUACUGCUGAUGGAUGAGGAAUGUUUAAUGUAAUAAAAUAAAAUCCUUGGCCUUUGGAAAAAUUACCUGUAAAUUAUUCAUGGACAAAGUGUAGAUAUUUUGUUUUUUUAUUUAUUUAUCUGUUGCCUCAUUUGUAUCAUAGUAAUUUAUUGUUAAUAAAAUCUGUUCUUACAGUGUCAAGCAAAA